CCGACCACCGUCACGCCUCUCUCUCCUCUAAAACCCCACGAAAUACGCGAAGGCAAGAAGGCGAGUAGCAGCGGCCGCAGCGGACACCACCUCUCUUGUCUCUUUCCCCCCACUUGUUCAAUCUCUUUCCCCCCUUCUCUUCCCCCCGGAGCGCAAGAAAAACUCGGAUUCUUGGUGGUUUCCCCCAUCCCUCGUCCUCGAUCUGAGCAUUCCCUGUGUUUCCUCCAAAUCUUCCGCUGCUGCAACGCAAGCUUCCCCAUUUGCUGGUUGCCCUGCUCUCGCUGUGGCCAAUGGCGGCCAAGAGAGGGAGAGCGAGGAGCGUCUCGGUGGCGGUGCUGCUGGUGGCCGCGCUCCUCCUCGGCGCCUUCGCUCCCGCCUCCGCGUCCUCGUACCCCGCAAGGGUGGUGAGCGGAUUCCUCUCCAAUGCGGCGUCGGCGGUGGUGAAGCGGCUCUGGUCGCUCAAAUCCACCGCUAAGACAGCGAGCGGAGCGAAGUCGAUGGUGAAGUACGAGGGCGGGUACACCGUGGAGACGGUCUUCGACGGCAGCAAGCUGGGGAUCGAGCCGUACGCCGUGGAGGUCACCCAGGGUGGCGAGCUGCUCGUCAUGGACUCCAUGAACAGCAACAUCUACAGGAUGGCGCUACCGCUGUCCCGAUAUAGCAGGCCGAAGCUUGUUGCUGGAUCCCCAGAAGGAUUUCCUGGUCAUGUUGAUGGGAAGCUGCGAGAGGCGAGGAUGAACCAUCCGAAGGGAUUUACAGUAGACGACAGGGGUAACAUCUAUGUGGCUGAUGCCAUGAACAUGGCUAUUAGAAAGAUCAGUGAUACAGGGGUUACAACUAUUGCUGGGGGGAAAUCAAGCAGAGGGCAUGUUGAUGGACCAAGUGACGAGGCAAAAUUUUCUACUGAUUUUGAAGUCCGUUACAUUGGCAGUAGCUGCUCCCUUUUGGUGAUUGACAGAGGAAACCAAGCAAUUCGGGAGAUUCAACUCCACUUUGAUGACUGUGUGUACCAGUAUGAAGCUGGUUUUCCUCUAGGAGUUGCACUACUUCUUGCUGCCGCUUUCUUUGGCUACAUGCUUGCAUUGCUCCAACGACGUGUUUUAGGGAUGGUAUCAACUGAAGAUGAGCAGGAACCUCAAAGUCCAGUAAAAGCUAAAUUAUCAAGCAUUCCACCUCCAUACCAGAAGCGACUGAAGACUUUGAAGCCUUCCCUUCGCCCCCCACUAAUUCCAAAUGAGGAUGAAUCUGGGAAACAAGAAGAUGAAGAGGGUUUCUUCCCCUCCAUUGGCAAACUCAUCAGCGGAGCAAAAUCGUCAAUUGCGGAGAUCGUCGGUGCAGCAUUCUCCAGAAAGAAGCGCGUGAACAUUCAUCAGCAGCUGGGUAGACCAAACUCUUGGUCCGUACAAGAAAGCUACGCCAUCCCGUGCGAUGAGACCCCUCCACCAUUGGAUACAAGAACACCAACCCCUCGCAAGAACUACGCCUUCAUGUCAAAGGAGCCGGAGAAGAUCCACCACAUCCGGCAUGGCCGACCUCAGUUCAAUGGCUGGAGCGGAGAAGCACCUCAGCAGCAGCAACAGCAGCCACAGCCUCAGCCGCAGCAAGUGCAUCACCAGCAGUACCUGCAGCAUCACAGGCAGUACUCUGCAGGACCCCAGACUUUUUACGAGCCGAGCUGCGAGGCCACAAACGAGAUCGUCUUUGGAGCUGUGCAGGAGGGGGACAGCAACCGCCGUGCCGUGGAAAUCAAGGUAAUGAACUAUGGUGAUGCGCUGUACGAGCAGAAUGGACUGCGGUACCGCAACAAUUACAUGAGCUACAACGGCAACAACCAGUAGAGAAAGAGUAGCUGUUCUUUCUCCGGUCACAAGACUAGAAGAUUUAUUGCUUCCGUUCUAGGUGUUUUUGGCGUCCUCCGUUGUACUAGCUGUAAGAAAAGAGAAAUCGAGGAAGUAGUAUCAGCCGCUCCUGGUUUAACUCGUGCAACGGAAAAGCUGGGUUUUGGUAGAAGAACGUCGUGAUCUUGGUUCUUGGACUUCUACUGACGGUGACAUAUAUAUGUAUGUAAGUGAAAUGCGUUCUGAUCUCGGGCUGAGUCGCCAUGAAUUCGUUGCGGAGAUGAUUUCGAAUAGUUGGAGGCAUUGUAGUAGCGCAUGCGCUGUGUCGUGACUCGUGGGUGGCAGGCAGGCUGGGACGCUGGGCGAUUU